AUGGCUACCCUUGCGGAUGAGCUUCUCAACGACUUCGAGGAUUCAGGCUCCGAAGGGGAGGAAGCUCAGCAAGAUGAUAAUGAACCUCUGGGCCUUAACCUUGCGCCUCAGGCUGCUAACCGCAAAUCGCUGACCGCUAUGGAUUUGGAUGGUGACGAGAGCGAAGACGAAGAGGAUGAUGAAGAGAUGGGAGGUGUGCCGAAAAGCGCCGUCGAACCCGUCGAGGAUGCCGAAGACGCCAAAGCAAAGGUUGAGAAGAUGCAACUAGGCGGCGUGAGCGACGUUCGCAGUGUCGCGAAUCUCAUGCAAACCCUUGAACCCGUAUUAGAGAAAAUCGCACACUACCAGUCGCAACCUACCCCAACGCAGCUAAUCGGCAACAUUGAAGACCAUCCCGAGUACCGCCUCCUCACGCAGUCGAACAGCCUAUCGACCCUUAUCGACAGCGAGAUCGUGCUCGUGCACAAGUACAUUAGGGAUCACUAUUCGACACGGUUCCCGGAGCUUGAGACGCUCAUCACCAACCCGCUGGAAUAUGCAAAGGUCGUCGCCAUCUUGGGAAAUGGACCACUGGACUCAGAAAACAUCAAAACCCUACAGCAUUCUACGGAUAACCCCCUCAAGGCGUCACUUCGAUCGGUUCUUGACGGCCCAUCCUUGAUGAUUGUGACGGUAGAAGCUACAACAACCAAAGGUCAAGAAAUGUCUCCAGAUGGGCUCGCGCGAGUACAGAGAGCAUGCGAGAUGGUGAUAUCUUUGGACAGGGCGAAAAAAAUACUUACGGAAUAUGUCCAAUCGCGCAUGAACCUGUUUGCACCGAAUUUGACUGCUAUGAUCGGGUCUUUGACGGCUGCGCAGCUGUUGAACGCUGCGGGAGGGCUUACUGGCCUAUCCAAAACACCUUCCUGCAAUAUCGCCGCAUGGGGCUCGAAGAAAGGAGCUGGCGCAGCAGGGUUGGCCACAAACAUUGGUAUACGGCAACAAGGAUUUCUUUAUCACUCGCCUAUAAUCCAAGGUAUCCCCAAUGAUCUCAAAAAACAAGCCAUGCGGAUUGUUGCAGCCAAGCUCCUGCUUGCUGCUCGGGUAGACCGCAUACACUCAAGUUCAGAUGGCUCAACUGGGGAGGAUCUCAAAGCGCAAUGCCUUGAACGCCUCGAGAAACUGACCGAACCACCUCCCAACAAAGGGCCGCGAGCUCUACCGGUCCCUGACGACAAGCCGUCACGCAAGCGCGGUGGAAGAAGAGCGAGAAAGGCCAAGGAGGCAACAGCUAUGACGGAGCUGCGCAAGGCGCAGAACAGGAUGGCCUUUGGCAAGGAGGAAAGAGAGGUCGGUUACGGUACAGGAGAGGGCACUGCAGGCUUGGGCAUGAUAGGUCAAGCCAACGAUGGCCGGAUUCGCAAUCUGCAAAUCGACCAGCGGACGAGAGCGAAGCUUAGUGCCAAGAACAAAGGUUGGGGAGGCGCAACACCCAUGAACGGGGCGGCAUCCUCUCUUCGAGGGUUUGGGCAGGCAAACUCCAACAUUGACCUUCGUGGCAAGGGCCUCAGAACAUCUGGUGUUGGCACGACGCUGGGAGCACCCACGGGAACAGCAUCUUCGCUGGCCUUUACACCAGUGCAAGGCCUGGAGCUUGUUGACCCGAAGGUCCAGGCUGAACUCAGUCGUAAGCGGAAGGCAGAAGAAGACCGGUGGUUCAAGGGAGGAACCUUUACACAGGUGGGCGGCUCGUCCAAUGGAGGCUUCAAGAAGCCUGAGUUACCUCCAAACAAAAAGGUAGAUACUGGCGCAGGCAAGAUGGGGCCUCCACCCCCGCGGAGCGGCUGA